UUUGAUCUUAAACCAAACACUGCCCAGGUUUCCCUGACGAACUUCUACGAAGAUAAUGCUUUCUUUUCUAAUUAUUGGCAAAAAAUAUCUUACCAAUCUACCUUUCAAUCCUUUGUUCGAUUAUGUUUUUAUAUGUUUAACAUAAAAAAUAUACACACAUACACGUAUUAUCCUGCUUUCACACAAAGUUCCGCAUUUCACAUAAAGUUUAAAUGUUUUGAAAAUAAAAAUGGCGACGCGCAUGAUAGCGAGAAACGUUGUGAGUUAUCUUAAAGCGAAGCCUUUUCCUGAACGAUCUUGUCAGCUAGUAACAGGUUGUCAGACAUCUGAAAACUGCAGACACCGGUCGACUAGCCUAGAUUGCUCCAAACCCACUGGACUCAUUGGUCACUAUGACAGUCUGGUGCACUCGGGGUUGCUUCUUGAAGACAGUCUGCAGAAAGCUGCACUUUGGCAGCUUGAGACGUUGCAUGGAGAAAUGGCAAGAUAUACCAACCUGCCUCUUUCUCUUCCAGAGAACAGGAAUGACGGAGACAAAGAGUCUAAAAUAUCUCAAUCGGAGCAUGGAGUUGAGACCGAGGAAAAGGAUGGUUCGAAGCCGCCUCCCCCUCCUGGAUGCUACAUUCACGGUGGCGUUGGCACGGGGAAAACAAUGCUGAUGGACAUGUUUUACUCCCAUGUAGAAAAUCCCAGGAAAAAAAGACUACAUUUUAACGCCUUUAUGUUAGACAUACACCAAAGGAUCCACCGCCUGAAGCAGAAUCUGCCGAAGCGAAGCUUGGGUGAACUGACAAAGCACGACCCCGUCUUCCCUGUUGCCAUGGAGAUCAGCGCAGAAACCUGCCUCUUAUGCCUGGAUGAGUUUCAGGUGACUGACGUUGCCAGUGCCAUGAUUCUGAAGCAGCUGUUCCUCGGAUUGUUCUCAUGUGGCGUGGUCCUCGUGGCCACCUCAAACCGACCACCAGAAGAACUCUACAAAAACGGUCUUCAGAGGGCUGCUUUUGUGCCUUUCAUUGAUGUGCUCAAGGAGCGUUGCCGUGUCGUUAGACUGGACUCCGGGCGAGACUACCGCAAGAGGGAGAUGGAAACGGCGGGAACACUUUAUCACACAUGGACUGAACCCGAACCCGAGCUCGCCCUCAACACACUGCUCACACAACUGGCUUCCAGACAGAACCACGUGACCAGGCCGAGAGUGUUGAAAGUGCAGGGCAGAGAGCUGACCUUAAACCAGACCUGCGGUCGCCUCGCUGAUUGUACCUUCCAAGAGCUGUGUGAGCGUCCAUUAGGAGCGAGCGAUUAUCUGGAGAUCGCUCGCCAUUUCGAUACAGUCAUCAUCCGUAACGUGCCUCGGCUGAAGGUUGCGCUAAAGGACCAAGCCCGGCGCCUCGUUACGCUUAUCGACAUCUUCUACGACCAGAAGGUGAGGGUAGCGGUGUUAGCCGAAGCCCCUCUGUACCGUCUCUUUGAUGGAGGCUCUAUGUCUGGAGAGGAAGAGAGGGAUCGUCUGAUGCUCGACGAGCUCGGCCUCACUAAUGAAGCGGCGAAGCGACUGAUGCUCUUCACCUCCGAGGAGGAGAUUUUUGGCCUGCAGAGGAUGCUGUCCCGCCUCACAGAGAUGCAGAGCAAGCAGUACUGGAUUCAAGCAGAGCGAUGGCACACGUGAACCGCCGCUUUAAAGAGCUUCGACUAAACCAGACAAAGUACAACAAUAAAAUAAUACACAAGAAGUUUCUUUACACUCUUAAAAAUGAACACACAACCACUGAAGGCCAUAAAGUCUUUCAAGUGUAUCACAUUAAUUAAAUUAUAUUAUAUUGUUUAAUCCA